CAGAUUAUGUUUGGCAUUAACAUUUGAAUGAAACUGCCCGGUAUAUACACAUCCUAGAAUUUUACAAGAUUCUAGACAAUUUUAUACGUCGAACAGCAGUUGAAUCCCGAGUUGCAUCGAUAGAGAAUUAUUUCUGUUGGAAACGAGUGUUUUAGCAAAGAAAAAUGCCACCAAGGAAAUUAAAGGAGAGUUUAAUUUUUCUGGUGAAUGUUGGAGUUACUCGUUAUGGCACACAAUUGCUGGAUAAGGAAAAGUUUAUUCUUAAACACAUUAUCCAGAAGAAGAUAUUCCUGCGUCCCAAGGAUGAAAUAGGAGUUAUAUUAAUGGGCACAGAUAACAAUGACAGCGACAGUAUUACAGGAUUGGAUAAUAUACAAGAGUUGUGUAAUAUGCAGAUUGGAAAUUGGGAUUUAAUAAAAAGUAUUGAGAAACUGCAAGUCACAGAUCAGAGUAGUUCUUGGAUGGAUGCAAUUUAUGGCGCAGUUGAAUAUAUCAAACAUGAAUGCAUAGAUAAAUCUGAAAGGAAAAUAAUCUUGUUGUCUGCUUUUGAUGAGGAAGAAGACAUCGUUGGCAAAUUUCGAGCUGAGGAUAUUGCAGAGGCAUUAAGUUCAGAGAACAUUUCACUCAUAGCAAUUGGAGAGAAAGCAUUGAAUACAGAUGAGAAUUCUCAAACAGCUAGUGAGAUAUUGCUUAGAGAAGUUCUGCAAAAGAUUGACGGUCAAUAUCUCACUUUUGAGCAUGCUAUGUCAGAUGUACGUUUCUACAAACGGCCAUCGACUAAACCAUUCCUGUGGUACUGUCAGAUGGAGUUAGGCGAUUUUCGCAUACCGAUCGUUGGAAUUUCUAAAAUGCCAACUGAAGUGAAAUUACCAGAAAUGGUAUUAAUAGCUAAGAUGAGCACAUCUGAUGCACCCGAUCAAGAAGUGCCAAUUAAGAAUGUCGCACAGUGGACUGAUAACAAUAGAACUGUUCAUACACAAGAGGACAUUAUUCGUGGCUAUGUGUACGGUGGCAAGAUUAUUCCUGUUUCAGAUGAAGCUAAGAAAGCAAUGACACCCAAAAAUAAUCAGAAAUGUUAUAGGAUCCAUGGUUUCACUGCAAAGGAAAACGUUCCUAUGGAGUAUUGGUUGUCGGAUGGCUCAUAUGUUAUUGUUCCUGCUAACGAGUCGGUAAGUGCACCGUUUUAUAGCCUGGUGCAAGCCAUGGUUGAUAAGAAUGUCGUCGCAAUAGUUGAGAAAGUUCAUAGGGCGAAUACCGAAGCUAACAUGGUGGCAUUAUUUCCAAGUGUUGACGUACCGAAUGAACCUUGGUGUCUUAUUGAAAUCGGUUUGCCAUUCGAGCGAGAUUACGGAGCAAUAGCACAGAAACCCUUGAAAUUUGUAAUGAAACAAUUAUCGAAGGAGCAGGAUGAGGCCAUGGAUGAUUUAUUAAAGUCCUUAGAAUUGCCCGAUGUCAAUGCAGAUGAUGCUACUAACAUUAGUGAGAAAUAUUUACCAGGAUAUAUGCCAGAUCCUGGAGCACAACACAUGUGGGAUACAUUAGCAGCUCGCGCACUUAAUCCGGAUAAAUCGUUGCCACCUAUCGCUGACGAUGUGCUAAAUCUUUUAGAGCAACCUGAAUUUAUAAGGGAAAAAUGCAAACCAGUGACUGAAAGAAUUAAAAACUUAUUUUCUUUAGAAAAAAAGAAACCUCUUAGAAAGCGUAAAGGAUCAUCAGAAGAUGAUAAUAAACAAUCUGAUGGUAACAAUGUCGCGCAGACGCAGACAAUUAAAGAAAAGGAGAAAGAUGAUGUAAAUGACAAUAGCGAUCAAUCACAAAAUGUCACUUUACCUGAUGCAUGUAAUUUUAAUUUUAGUGAUCUUGCUGAGAUGUAAGAAGCUGCUGGCGGUAAUUAUUUUAAUAAUUUUGUGUUAUGAUCUUUUUUAUAUAAAUGAAAUAUAUAAAAUUUGAAAUGUA